AUGACGGUGCUCCUCAGUCUCUUCCAAACGGAGGCGGCUGAGGCCCGAAAAGCACCUUCUGCUGCCUCUUUGGCCGUGAGCGACGUGAAGAAUUACAGUAGCUACAUCCCGGGCCCAAGAGCACGAGUAGGGGAGAUCGUGGCUCGUCUGCAGCGGCGCUUGCGCUCUUCUCUUCGGGCCCGCAGACGCCUAGUGCUGGGGCUCUGCGGCGCUUUUCUUGCGGUGUACACGCUUAAAAGGGUCGGGCGCAUGUGCGGCUCCCGGCGUUCCCCGCGGGCUGCGCAGCACCCGGAGACGACGCCGGCCUCCGCUCGGGGGAAGUCGCGUUGGUGGGACUUCCUCCCUGCGUGGCUGCGUGGCGCCCUGGCCGCCCCGUUAGGCGCCUCCGCCUCCUACCAGGCGGGGGAGGACGAGGACGACGUCAACUUCGUCGACGCCUCGGAGAGCGCCUUCCGCAUGUUUCAGCGCCGGGUGGAGCGCACGCAUGAGGCGCCGCUGCUGCGCGUGCUGAGUGAACUGGAGGGCCUUGGCGAGCGCUGGAAGAGACGUGCCUCGCACCCUGCGCCCACGGGGAAGGGAAACCACGAGGGGGACGGCACGAUGGAUGCUGUCUUGACUUCGCUUCUGUCGGAAGAGGAGUCGGAGGAGGCCCUGCGGGCGCUCCUUGCGGAGAAGGCAGUUGAGGCGGAUGAGCUCCUUACACGCUACGUCGUGCAGCUGGACAUGGCGCCGGUGGGCGACAGCAUUGAGCUUAGGAAGGAGCGCAAGGCGUCCAUCGUUGCCGCCUCGGCAUUGGCAAAACGCAUCGAGGCGUGGAUGCAUCUGCAGUCUCGCCAGCAGCAGUAG